AAAGCAGAACAAUUUAGCAGUGGGUGAGAUUUUUCAAUCCACAGCGCGGGAAAAAGAUAAUUAUCGCGAGAUCUGGGAAGGGAUCUGUGCUCUGUGGUAAGAUGGCAACCCAUGAGACUGUGUUUCCUGAAAAACUUGGCCAUAAAAAAUACAGGGCUGCCCUUAAGAAGGAGAAACGCAAGAAACGUAGGCAGGAUAUGGCUCGAUUGAGGGACCUUGCAGCCCCCCCGGAGGAGGACGAUGAUGUUUCUGCUGAUGACCAACUUACAGAGAGAUUGGAGAUGGAGCGACAGAAAUUACAUGAAGAGUGGCUGCUUAGGGAGGAGAAGGCACAAGAAGAAUUCAGAAUAAAGAAGGAAAAGGAAGAAGCUGCCAGAAAACAGAGGGAAGAACAGGAGAGACAGAUAAAGUUGGAAUGGGAAGAAAAACAGAAAAAACAGAGAGAAGAGGAGGAGCAGAAGCUACAAAAAAAGAGAGAAAGAGAGGAAGCGGUGCAGAAGAUGCUGGACCAGGCUGAAAAUGAUGGCACUUGGCAGAACCCAGAACCACCCAAAGAAUUAAGACUGGAGAAAUACAGAGCGAGUUGUCCCUUCUACAGUAAAACGGGAGCGUGCCGAUUCGGUAACAGGUGUUCACGGAAGCAUGACUUCCCCACGUCAAGUCCCACGCUCCUGGUGAAGAGCAUGUUUACGACCUUCGGAAUGGAGCAGUGCAGAAGGGACGACUAUGACUCGGACGCCAGCCUGGAGUACAGCGAAGAGGAGACCUACCAGCAGUUCCUGGACUUCUACUAUGAUGUGCUGCCCGAGUUCAAGAACGUGGGCAAAGUGAUUCAGUUCAAGGUGAGCUGCAACUUGGAACCUCAUCUGCGGGGCAAUGUGUAUGUUCAGUACCAGUCUGAAGAAGAAUGCCAAGCAGCCCUCUCUCUCUUUAAUGGAAGAUGGUACGCAGGACGACAGCUCCAGUGUGAAUUCUGCCCAGUGACCCGGUGGAAAAUUGCAAUCUGUGGUUUAUUUGAAAUGCAAAAGUGUCCCAAAGGAAAGCACUGCAACUUUCUCCAUGUGUUCAGAAACCCCAACAAUGAAUUUCGAGAAGCUAACAGAGACCCCUACCUGUCUCCAGCUGGGGCUGGCUGCUCUGGUAAGACCUCCUCAGACAGGAGCGAGAGGAAGGACCACCAUGAGGAAUACUACAGCAAGCCAAGGGCCUCCUACUCUAGCCCACACCGCUCCUCCAAGAGAAGCAGGGAGUCGGAGAGGAAGAGUACUCACAGGAGGAAGAAAUCUCACAAACAGGAAGCAAAGGGUCAUGAGAGGCACAGUUCCAGAAGAGGAAGAGAAGAGGACAACACUCCAGGCCCACAAAGCCAGAGCCACAGGUCCUGAGCCAGGCUAAGACAGCAUCACUUGGGCCCAAGAAUCUGAGACCGACCAGUCAACCCCGGUAUCCUUCAGACACCCCAAGACACUCAAAACAAAACUGAUUACGAAGGAAAGGCAUGGUGACUCAGUCUAAUUCCCAGCCAAGUUACAAAGUCUUGUGGCUUUAACAGAGACAGAACCAGGUAUUAUUUAUUAGUCUUUUGAUGUUGUAAUUCAUGUUAUUGAUGUUAUUUUCCGUACAGUUUAAACUAGCUUUUAUAUGUUGUUGAGUUUUUGUUAUUGGUGUUAUUUUCCAUACAGUUUCAUGUGUUGUUUUCUUGUGAUAAUUAAGAUUAUAUUAAACUGUGAUAUUUUAUUAUA